AUGGCUGAUGUAACUGAGCCUGACUUUGCCACGCUGCGUGCCAUUGUUAGACGCAAAGUUGAUGACCAUAAAAGGCUCAAACCUCUUUUCAAGUACUUACGAGGGGCUCAUGAUAAAGAGAGUAUUUAUAUUUCGCAAGAAAAAAUGCAGCAAUUCAACAUACGCCUGUCGAACAUGGAUCUAGAGCAUGGUGGCCGUUUCUUUAAACCUGUCCCGUUAUCCGAAUCCAAAUCCUGGGUCUACGAUGAGAAGAGGCGUGUAAAGGAGAUUGAAUGGGAUUGUGAAAAUUGGCGGAUGCGAGAUGCCGAAGCCAUUUACCAUAUGUUUCGGGGCCUAAUUCAUUCUGAGAUACCAGAACAUGCUCAAACCGAGGAACAGGGCCUGUUUUUGGAUUACACGCCGUGGCGUAAGGUUAUAGUUCCUCAUACGCAUAUGGGAGGUAACUUUUCCAACUAUUUCCCUGACGAACUCACGGACUGGAUAGCCCAAUCAGAACUUGAUCUUUAUGAAAGUCGCCCUACGGCUAGUCAUGUCAUCUCAUUUUCCACACGUGGCCUUCGUCCUAAUAAAGAUACGGAAUCAAAGCUUGCUCGCAGCGAGAUAUUGGUGCUUAUGAUUUCCUGUUUCAACCGCCAGGUCCGUAUAAAUGAGGUAUACCUUGAAAACGGGACGCUGCACUUCAAUUGCACCCCUUUCAUCAACUUGGAAACGUUCGACAAAUAUAAAUACGAACUAAUAGUCCGCUGGUCGGUGUGCCAACCUAUUGGUGAAACAACUGCGUAUCCAAAUUUACAGAAAAUGCCCGAUGGUUUUGAGAAAUUCAUAGCUUUAGAAGAUGGCAAGCGGAAAAAUAAGAAAAAGAGCCCAAAGCCAACACCGGAACCAACGGUAAAGAGACUCGAAGAACUUAAGAGCAGAUAG